UCAGAGAGAUAGCAGGAAACUCAGGUGUAAGGGCUCAGAAUGCCUCCACAAUCGAGCAGUAGCCUCCUCAAGCCAGAACCUAGUCCAGAAAUCUCACGACUUUUCACCUGGGAAGAGAUUGGGCUCCACUCUGGUCAGAAGAACUCCAAGCAAGAUAAGUGGCUGGUCAUCAACAGGAAAGUCUAUGAUGUCACCCAGUUCCAUUGGCAGCACCCUGGGGGAACUCGUGUCAUCAACCACUAUGCAGGACAGGAUGCUACGGAUGCCUUCACAGCUUUCCAUAAAGAUGAAGACCUAGUAAAGAAAUACCUGAAGGCACUGCUAAUUGGAGAAUUGUCCCCUGAUCAACCCAACUGUGAGCCCAGCAAAAAUGAAAUGCUAGUAAAUGAUUUUCGUGAACUGCACAACACUGUGAAGAGAAUGGGACUCCUGAAACCCAAUUAUUAUUUCUUCAUGUUCAUGUUUCUUCAUACCGUACUGCUUGAUAUUGGAGCCUGGCUCACUAUCUGGUACUUCGGAAAAUCCUGGAUACCAUUCCUUGUUGGUGCAGCACUAUUCGCCAUAAGCCAGGUCCAAUAUGGAUUUUUCCAGCAUGAUCUUGGACAUAUUUCAGUCUUUCAGAAGCCCAAGUGGAAUAGAGUGUUCCAUUUCAUUGUGACAGGAGGACUUAAGGGUGGGCCACCAAGUCAGUGGAACUUUAUGCAUAACCAGCAUCAUGCCAAACCUAACUGCUUCCGUAAAGACCCUGAUCUCAACAUGCACCCUUUCCUGUUCACCUUGGGAAAGCCACUUUCUGUGGAGCUUGGCAAAAAGAAGAAGAAAUACAUGCCUUACAAGUUCCAACAUUCAUAUUUUGCUUUCUUAGCUCCGUUGACUUUCAUAAUUUUUGUCCAGGGGGCUAUAGUCCGCUAUACGGUUAAGAGGAAAAAGUGGGUGGAGCUUAUUGUCGUCGUGCUCUUCAAUAUCCGUCUUGGUCUCAUGUAUGUUCCUUUAAUGGGAUUUAAGAGCUUCAUGGCAUUCUACUUCUUAUCCAGGUUCUUAGAAUCCAACUGGUUUCUUUGGGUCUCACAGAUGAACCACAUUCCAAUGAACAUUGAUUAUGACAAGAAUCUAGAUUGGGUCUCUGGCCAGCUUACAGCAACAUGCAAUGUGGACCAAUCCCUAUUCAACGACUGGUAUACAGGGCACUUGAACUUCCAGAUUGAGCAUCAUCUUUUCCCAACGAUGCCUCCUGACAUUGGCUCAUUAUUGGAAGCUGCGGCUCCAGAAGUCCCUCUGCGCCAAACAUAAGUUCAGUACCGCAAAUGCGUAAACCCUCUCUGCUCACUGCCU